AUGGACUACUUUGGCAAGGACACUGCAUGGUAUGGUGGUUGGUGUCGGGGACGUCGAAGCAUCAACUGUCAAGUGCGCAUAGAAGAUGGCUUUUGCGACUGUGUAAUUGCGGAGCUUCCACAGGCAUGCAUGACUGGAUGUAGACGCAAGAUUCACGAAGGAGAUUGCAUCACAAAGAACGGCGCUGGUUGGGGCCAUGUGGAGUGUGAGUGUGAUAACUCUUCUCAUAACCACCGGAAAAGACGAUCACAACGACGGGGGCAGCACGAGGAAGAGAAAGAGGGACAAGAGCCUCAGUUGAACCAAGACAACUCGUUGGAGGGAAUUUUGGAGGCAAUUUCGAAGUACCGCAGUCCGUCCCAAAGAAGCGCCCCCACAGCAAACUCACGCCGACCACAGGUACGAGUACAUGUAAAUGGAAAGAACACUGAAGAGAUAGAUGGUCACACUGGAAGAAAGCUGAGGCUUAGAACGGUCAAGGCUGAAAUCAUAGAUAGGAGCAGGUUGAAUUCAAAAGUAUCGAAGAUACAGGAGGGUCGUCCUCAUUCUGAGGUGAAUUCGAGUGUGCCCUCCUUGCCUAUUGUUACACCUCAAUCAGGGAAGAAGAGACCGAGGGACGAAAGCACGGUCAAACCUAGCAGGCCCAGCAGAAGAUUACAGUUUGAAGGCUGA